AUGCCUGAACAAAUUCGUCAUACCUGCACGCCCGACAAUAUGAGGAAUUUGAUAGACGAAGUGAUAGCAUCUAUGCAUCAGCAAGAGGCCGCAGCUGCCCCACAGCGCUCGUUGCGGCUCGUUAUACGGCACGACUGCCAGUCGACGGGUUGCGGUGACCAGACCUGUGUCCUGUGCCAGUACAACCCCAGUCGCCUCUGCACCCGGAAUGUAAAAUCCAAGUAUUUGAUCGACGACUACCUCAAGGCGAAGUGCGGCGCACAGCUGCGAGUUGAGCUGGUGGACGAUACUGGCGCAUGUCACACCGACGGGCUACCUGCCGGGAUGAAGCUCGAGCUCCGCAUUCUCAAUGGCGAAAAGUACAAGGAGCUCUGCUCGGACAAAGCGUUACCGUCGAUCAGCGACAUAAAGAGCUGCGUCAUCAACUACCACACGAAGGCACUGCUCAAGCGUGACGGCAUGUCUGACACCGACCUGGAGGUGUUCCUGCCGCUGGAGCACGGCACCGCCAAGCUGUCGGACCUGGCCCUGACCACCAGUAGCGAGGCGCUGCUGAGCGGCAAGGCGCCCACCUUCCGAUUGCUGGUGUGGGCUGUGAAGGAGGACGGGGAGCCGGUGCCCCACGUUACUUACGUCGUGUCGGAGAGCUUCGUGGUGGCCACUAAGCGCGUCAAGGGUGCCAUCAAGUCGGACAUUCCCUCCGUCAUGGACGGCAUUUCAAAGCUUGUGCAUAUCGGCAAGGCCACGGUGGAAAAGCUCAAUGAUCUGCGGAUGGCCUUCCAGGAGGAAGGCUUCGACUUCAAGCUGCCUGAGGAUCUCGUCAAGGUGGAGAAGGUCGGCCAGUUCCGGAAGCUGGUGGACUUGAGCGAGAACAACAACGAGCUGAAGAACAGGUUGCGCCUGAUGCUCAAACUUUCCCCGGAGAAGUGGGAUGAAUUGUGCCAGCACGCUAUGAGCGCUGUAUCGCCUGACCCGCGCCAACGAGUUUGGUGGUACGUGCCAUCAAGCCUGGGGCUGCUGUACCAGUGCAAGAACGGAGCUGUCGACCUGGAUAACCCCAUAGGCGUUGUCAAGGCAGGCCAAGGUCCGGAUGUUCCAACCCAGAUUAUCCAGCUGCAGCAGCUCAGCCCGGCGGACUUCAGCGCGAUUCCGCGACUGAAGAACUCUGCCGUCCAGAACUGGUACAUGACCAACCACCCCAACUGGGCCAUCUUUAGCGAGAACGAGGAGGCUGUGCCCCCGGCUACCCCCCCUGGACCUGGCCCUGCCGUGGCAGCCGCCGCUGGCGCCGGGCCCUCUAACGGGGGCGCGGCAGGCGUGCCACUGAUGCCGCUGGGGCCAAACUUGGCGGGAGUGAUGCCGGCAGCAACGUACGGUAUCCCCGGUAGGCCUCCGUCGCCGGUACUCGGUGGCUUGACGGUAGCCGGCGGCGGCGGUGGUGCCGGUUAUGCGGGAGAUAUGUACGGUCAGCGAGGUGUCACAUACGGCCACCCCGAAGCUGGCGCAUGCGUCGGCCUGACUGGUGCGCAACUAGGGGGCACGGCCCAACUUCCCGUGCAGGCGCCGGGUGGUGGCCACCGUGUUGAUAAUUCCACGCCGUACACGCCGCGGCAUUCGCAACGCCAACUGCUGGAUCAUCCGCGGCCGCCUCCUGGGGCCCCCCUCAUGAAGAUGAUGCAGCCACCAGCCAUGGGCCAUUUACGUUCUGCGCUGGCGGCACCGGCCAUGCAUGAUCUUGGCGGCGGUAACGUGCCACCGGCCGUCAACGGAGCGGGCAGCGGCACCAGCAGCGGCCUCGUGGGUGGUCAACAGGCGGUGGGGGUAAUGGGCGCCGCGACGAUUCAUCACCCGCCUGCUGCCGGCGGGUCGGGAAGCGCCACGAGCAGCGGAGCGACGCGCUCACCGUUUGCGGCGGACGCCAUGAUGAUGAACAUCGCGGACGCGUUCCCAAGGUUCCAUCAUAUGCCGCCGAAUGGGGCCGGCGGCGGCGGCCAGCUUGCAGCGCAAGAUCUAAAUGGUCCCCACGCGCCUACCGGGAACCAUUUGGGCGACGGGGGUCACGGCCAGCAAGCCGGCUCUAUGUUCAGCCUGGACAUGCUCAAGACGGACGAUCUGAUGGGGAAUGGCCUCACGUUGCUGACAGGCAACGACACCUUCCGCUCCAACGACUGGAUCCAGCAGCUGCAUGGGAUCGGUGGCCAGCAGAGCCAGCUCGGAGGCAUCAAUUCCUACACGAUGAUCGACGUAGCGCCGCCUCACGAGGCUGGUGGAGCGCUGCUCAAUGGCAACAUGGCCGGAGCCCUAUUGGGGAGGGGGGACGGCAAUGGCGGUGGUGCUGGCGCCUGCUUUCCAGGGCCUUACGGCAGCGCCAUGGGGGGUCUUAUGGGCCCGGACCCUCAGCGGCACAGAGGCGUAAGGCUAAACUACGAGAGGGGCAUGGGCAGCCAUGCGGCGCGGGCGUGA